AUGUCUUAAACUGUAGGUUUGAUUAUUCCUCCUCCUGAAAUAAGAACAAUCAUUGAUAAGACAGCAGAAUUCGUCGUUAAACAUGGUGCUGCAGUUGAAGAAAAUAUUAUUUAAGCCUAGGUUAACAAUCUUAGUUUUAAUUUCUUGAAACAAAAUGAUCCAUAUAGACCUUAUUAUGAUUCCAAAAUAGCUGAGUUUGCCAGAUAAUUUACACAAAUUAUUAGCGAAUAAGUUGAAGGAAGAACGGAUGGAGCAGAUUAAGAAUAAAAUCAUAAUGCAGCUCCUUAAUAUCAAAAUGAAUUUUUAGCCAAUAAAGAAAAGUUACUCAAGCGUUAAGAAGUUCCUAAAGAGGAAGUUAAUGAUCUUGAUAUGGAAGUUAUUUAGCAAAUAGAAAACCCUAAUUAUGUGAUUUAAAUACCCACUCAACUAACAAGUUUAGAAUUAGAUAUUAUCAAGCAUACAGCUUAAUUUGUAGCCAAAAAUGGUAAAAAAUUCCUUAUCUCUUUAACAGAAAGAGAAAAGCAAAAUCCUUAAUUCGAUUUCCUAAAGCCCACAAACUCUCUCUUCAGUUUCUUCAUUAGUUUAGUCAACUCCUAUUAGAAAAUUAUUCAAAUCAAAGAGAGUCAACUUGAUAAUAUCAUAAGAAAUGGUAAGAGUAAGUAGCAUAUCUACAGCUAAGCUCUAAGGAUAUUUGAUCAUUUGAAAUAAAAGAGACAACAAGAAAAGAAGUAGAGUGAAAUAGAAAAAGAAGAAAGACUUCUCAAGGAAUCAAUUGAUUGGAAUGAUUUUUAUGUUGCUGAAACUAUUGAUUUUAAUGAUAGCUUUGCUAAUUACAACAAUAGCAACACCUUAACUCAAGCUUAAGAUAUACCAGCCAUUCCAGAAAUUCCAGCUGUUCAACCUACUCCAAUUGAAGAAGAAAAGCCAAAAGAACCUCCUAAAAAGGAUAUUCCUACAGUUCCAGGACCUAAUGAGAUUCAACCUUCAAUUAUUCCUGAUGAAAAUAUUAAGAUUAAGGCUGACUAUAAGAGAUAACAAAAUAACCAAAGAAACGAAUGCACCAAGUGCUAGAUUUGUGGAUAACUUAUUCCUAUUGAUGAUUACAACUAGCAUCUUGAAAUUGAAAUGCUUGAUCCUAAAUACUAACAACUAAAGAAAGAAUAAUAAGCUAGCAGCAAGACAUCUUCAACAGUUCAUGAUCCUCAAAUUAUUUAGAAUCUUUAUGACAUGAAAAAGCAUCGUCCUGAAAUUUUCGGUUAUGCUGAAGAACAAUUCGAAAAGAUUGUCGAAAAUGAGCCAUCUGGUCCCAGCAAACCUAUUUGGGAUGGUCAAUCUGCAACUAUGACAAGAACCACCGCUACAGUGGCAAUGCUUGCUCAGUCUACUCGUAGAAAAUAUGAAGAAUAGCUCAAACAAAAAGGACUCUUACCUCAAAGCGACGAAUAAAAUAAAUAGUCAUAAUAAGACAGUAUACAAUUAAGCCGCAACAAACUAUCUCAAUUAGAAGAAGGUGUUUCCCUAGAACCUGAAUAAAUUUUCUUAUAAAAAAAUCCAGGAGCAGUUACCCUCAACAUUAGAAUUCCAGAAGACAUAGAAAGAAAUGCUAAGUUAACAGGCCAAUUAAUAAAAUUAACUUUCUAACCCCAUAACACCAUUCAGCAAAUUAAGCAAACUAUCUCAGAAAAAAUAGGUGUCGACUUAGAACAAUCAAAUUUAAAAUCUACCCUAUUCAAAUCUCUUAAAUCAGAAAAGAGUAUUGCUUUUUACAAUCUAUUUAAUGGUGCAGCUUUAGAACUCAAUCUUAAAUGA